UCAUAUUUCGUCCUCUUGCCAUUAACCCAUGUCUGUUUUACUCGAAACUUCGCUCGGUGACCUCGUCAUCGACCUCGAGGUGGAUCUAUGUCCAAAGACAUGCGAAAAUUUCCUCAAAUUGUGUAAAUUAUACUACUAUAAUUUAAAUGCAUUCUUCAAUGUACAAAAAGACUUUCUCGCUCAAACCGGGGAUCCCACAGCAACCGGGACAGGAGGAGAAUCUAUCUGGUCGUAUAUAAACAACAAUUCACAAUCAUCCACGAGAACCGUACCGCGUUUUUUUACUCCCGAAAUUCUUCCCAAACUCAAGCACCAAACCAAAGGCACCGUAUCCAUGGCCGUUGCUCCCCCGUCCGAAUCCGGGGCUUUAGGCGGCUGUGCCAGCCAAUUCUUCGUCACCCUCGCUGACAGCACAGAAUACCUCGAUGGAGUCCACGCCGUAUUUGGACAUGUCGUCGAAGGACUAGAUACUCUAGAUAAACUCAACGAGGUGUUUGUGGGGAAAGAUUUCCGUCCAAUGAAAGAUGUGCGGAUACGACACGUCGUUAUACUCGAUGACCCAUUUCCUGAUCCUCCUGGGUUGGAACCUCUGAUUCCAUCAAAUCCACCGACAAAGCCACCGGAUGCUGGUUCGAAUUCGUUCUUUGGGAUUGGUGAAGAUGAAGAUCCGUUGGCUACUUUGCCCGAAGAGGAAGAAGAGAAGAAGCGCAGAGAGGCUGCUGCGAAGAGUUCUGCACUUACACUGGAGAUGGUUGGUGAUUUACCUUUUGCGAAUGUUCGUCCGCCGGAGAACGUGCUAUUCGUCUGUAAGUUGAACCCGGUGACGAGAGACGAGGAUCUGGAGUUGAUUUUCUCGAGGUUUGGGGUCAUAAUGAGUUGUCAGGUUAUCAGAGACAAGAAGACGGGGGACAGUUUACAGUAUGCCUUUAUCGAGUUUGAUAAGAGGGAGGAUGCGGAGCAGGCCUACUUCAAAAUGCAAAACGUUCUUGUAGACGACCGCCGUAUAUGGGUCGACUUUUCGCAAUCGGUUGCUAAAGCAAACGACUACUGGUCCAACGAUAUAACUCGCGGUCCCGGGAAGAAGCGAGGACUCGGGCUUGGUUCUGGAUUUGGUGGACGCGAGGAUCUGGUUCAGACAAGGCGGUACCGUGACGACGGCCAUGACAAGCGUGAAAGAGGAGGAGGGCGAGGAGAGUAUGGUAUGGUCUUCGAUGUACCAUCUAGCGAUUCGCGGCGGAAAGACCGAGAUAGAGAUUCGAGGAAACGGAGUCGUAGUCCGGAGAGAGAAAGGAGACGGAGUGCUAGUCCAAGGUGGAACGACCGGCGGGAUAGGGAUAGGGAUAGGGACUAUGAGCGGCGGAGAGAUAGGAAGAGAUAGUUCAAACCCUCGUCCGUUCAAAUGGUUUGUACCGACGACUCUGUAUCUUUUUGGUAUCGUUUAAAACUCUGAUCAGAUUUAAGGAUGUCUUCGAGGGG